CCCUGAGCGUUUUAAGUUAGGCGGCCGGGGGAGGAGCCCUCUCUUUCUCGGGGCUCUUCGGCGCGUGGAGCGUUUGGGGAUCCAGACCUGAAUAUCAGACUGCCAUGGCUGACUUCACCAAUGCUGAUGGCAAACACAGCAGUCCAGGCAUCUGGGCCUCUCAUAAUGCUAUGGUGAUGGAACCCUUGGACACCAAUGACCCAGAGGUGUACGACAUCAUCCGGAAGGAGAAGCAGCGGCAGCGGCUUGGCUUGGAGCUGAUUGCAUCUGAGAACUUUGCGAGCCGAGCGGUCCUGGAGGCUUUGGGCUCCUGUAUGAACAACAAGUAUUCGGAAGGCUACCCGGGGCAAAGAUACUAUGGUGGGACAGAGUUUGUGGAUGAACUGGAGAGGCUGUGUCAGAAGAGGGCUUUGGAGGCUUAUGAUCUCGACCCCCAGAAGUGGGGUGUCAAUGUGCAGCCCUACUCAGGAUCUCCGGCAAACUUUGCCGUCUACACAGCUCUAGUGGAACCCCAUGGCAGAAUCAUGGGGUUGGAUUUGCCUGACGGAGGUCACCUGACGCAUGGCUUCAUGACAGAAAAGAAGAAGAUCUCGGCCACCUCGAUCUUCUUUGAAUCCAUGCCAUACAAGGUCAACCCUGAAACAGGCUACAUUGACUAUGACCGGUUACAGGAAAACGCUCGCCUGUUCCAUCCAAAACUGAUAAUUGCAGGUGUCAGCUGCUACUCACGUAAUCUGGACUAUGCCCGCAUGAGGAAGAUUGCGGAUGAGAACAGUGCCUACCUGAUGGCCGACAUGGCCCACAUCAGUGGCUUAGUGGCUGCUGGAGUGGUGCCAUCACCCUUCGAACACUGCGAUGUAGUCUCAACCACCACCCACAAAACAUUGCGAGGGUGCCGUGCUGGCAUGAUCUUCUACAGGAAAGGUGCUCGUAGUGUGGACCCCAAAACUGGGAAGGAAGUCCUAUACAACCUUGAAAGCCUCAUCAAUCAAGCUGUUUUUCCAGGGCUCCAGGGAGGGCCUCACAACCACGCCAUUGCAGGAAUUGCUGUUGCUCUGAAGCAAGCCAUGACUCCGGAAUUCAAAGCUUAUCAGAGGCAGGUGGUCGCCAAUUGCAAAGCGCUGGCAAAGGCACUCAUUGGCUUGGGGUACCACAUAGUUACCGGGGGCUCCGACAACCAUUUGAUCCUGGUUGACCUGCGCAGCAAAGGCACAGACGGCGGGCGAGCAGAACGAGUUCUCGAGCUGUGCUCGAUUGCAUGCAACAAGAACACCUGCCCGGGGGACAAGAGUGCUUUACGACCCAGCGGGCUGAGGUUGGGGACCCCAGCUCUUACCUCCAGGGGCUUCUUGGAAGAAGACUUCCAAAAAGUAGCUCAAUUCAUUCAUAAAGGUAUAGAACUCACCUUGCGAGUCCAGAACGACAUGAAUGCCAGAGCGACGUUGAGGGAGUUUAAGGAAAAGCUGGUGUCUGACGAGAAAUACCAGGCGGCCCUGAAGACCAUCAGAGAGGAGGUGGAAGCCUUUGCUGAGUCUUUCCCCAUCCCUGGGUUGCCCGUUCUGUAAAGCAACACUGCAGCAACUGGAAUGGCCACGUUUCCUUUCAACCAGGGCCCUGUCAAGCUGCCACCGGGCAUUCUGGAGUCAGCUUACAGUUGUCAUCCCCCUCCGCCCCACCUGCCUCCAAUGUUUGUUAUUCCUAAAAGCUGGAGCAGUUUUUAAAAUUUACUUUUUAUGAACUUCUGUCCCAUUGUCAACAUACUGUUAAAAUUACAGAUAACCAGAAGGAAACAGCGGUAAA